AUGGGGUGUAAACCAUCUGUCCCGGUUCGACCUCAGGUUCUCCCCGAAAUAACAGUAGCCCUUGUGUGGGUUUCCCAACAGGAGAUUGAGGCCCUCGUGAAUGCCACCGAAACGCUUGAGAUCACACGACGGGAGCCAGGAAUCACAUGGACAACAACACCAACAACGCCAGAUGCAGCAACCACGCCGCCCACUGAUGAGCCCGAAGAAAAAGAAGCCGAGCCCACUGCUGAACAAACCCAACAGGGUCAAAUCUACCAUAUCCAGACGAAGACACUCGAUCGGCCGGUUACUUAUAUCAGUAACAUACGUCUCAUCCUCCUACCAUUCGGGUUCCAAUUCUUAGGGACCGGGGGCCAUGACGUAGCACGCGGUCUCCAAUUCGUGGCCCAUCACGCUGUGGUCAUUGCCUUGCCUCUCGUGUCUGUUCUGCCUAGAAGACUUCUCCACAAGAUCUACGUCGGUAAAGACAACGCAACGUCGGCGACAGAGUCACUGUCGCAUGUGUUGGCUGGGGUGGAUCAGUUUACUUUUUGGGAGAGUAGCGUGGAGGAACUCGUCCUCUGGUGGCUGUCCCUUCUGAGGCAAUAUUGGUGGGCAAUUGGGUGCGUUCUGGUGCUUGUCCUCGUUUAUAUCAUGGUGGUUGUCUUUUCCUAA